AUGGAGCAGCAGGCCAAGCCGUACAUGUUUGCGAGCCUGACGCGCCCUCACUCCGAGCAGCUCCUGCAGGGUCUGCAGCUCCUGCGGCAGGAUCACGAGCUCUGCGACAUCGUGCUGCGGGUCGGAGACGCCAAGAUCCAUGCGCACAAAGUGGUUCUGGCCAGCAUCAGCCCGUACUUCAAGGCCAUGUUCACCGGAAACCUGUCUGAGAAAGAGACGUCCGAGGUGGAGUUCCAGUGCGUCGAUGAAGCCUCUCUCAAGGCUAUAGUGGAGUACGCCUACACCGGAACCGUCUUCAUCUCACAGGAAACAGUGGAGACUCUACUUCCUGCCGCCAACCUGCUGCAGGUCAAGCUGGUUCUGAAGGAGUGCUGCAGCUUCCUGGAGAGUCAGCUGGACGCGGGGAACUGCAUCGGCAUCUCGCGCUUCGCCGAGACCUACGGCUGCCACGAGCUGUGUUUAUCCGCCUCCAAAUUCAUCUGCCAGCACUUCGAGGAGGUGUGCCAGACGGAGGAGUUCCUGGAGCUGACGCGCGCCGAGCUGGACGAGAUCGUGUCCAACGACUGCCUGAACGUGCUGACGGAGGAGAGCGUGUUCUACGCGCUGGAGUCCUGGAUCAAGUACGAUCUGACGGAGCGGCAGCAGUAUCUGGCGCAGCUCCUGCACUGUGUGCGGCUACCGCUGCUGAGCGUCAAGUUCCUGACGCGGCUCUACGAGGCUAAUCACCUGAUCCGAGACGACCACGCCUGCAAACACCUGCUCAACGAGGCGCUCAAGUACCACUUCAUGCCCGAGCACCGGCUCUCCUACCAGACGGUGCUGUCCACACGGCCGCGCUGCGCUCCUAAAGUCCUGCUGGCCGUCGGAGGAAAGGCCGGGCUCUUCGCCACGCUGGAGAGUAUGGAGAUGUACUUCCCGCAGACGGACUCGUGGAUCGGUCUGGCUCCGCUCAGCGUGCCGCGCUAUGAGUUCGGCGUGGCGGUUCUGGAGCAGAAGGUGUAUGUAGUGGGAGGCAUCGCGACACACAUGCGGCAGGGCAUCAGCUACCGGCGGCACGAGAGCAGCGUGGAGCGCUGGGACCCCGACAGCAACACCUGGGCGUCUGUGGAGCGCAUGGCCGAGUGCAGGAGCACGCUGGGUGUGGUGGUGCUAGCGGGCGAGCUGUACGCUCUCGGCGGAUACGACGGACAGUACUACCUGCAGUCAGUGGAGAAGUACGGGCCCAAGCUCAAGGAGUGGCAGCCGGUGGCACCGAUGACCAAAUCACGCAGCUGCUUCGCCACCGCCGCGCUCGACGGCAUGAUCUACGCCAUCGGCGGAUACGGCCCCGCCCACAUGAACAGUGUGGAGAGAUACGACCCCAGCAAAGACUCAUGGGAUAUGGUGGCGCCGAUGGCUGAUAAGCGCAUUAACUUCGGCGUGGGCGUGAUGCUGGGCUUCAUCUUCGUGGUGGGAGGACACAACGGGGUGUCUCAUCUGUCCAGCAUCGAGCGCUACGACCCGCAGCAGAACCAGUGGACGGCGUGUCGACCCAUGAACGAGCCGCGCACCGGCGUGGGCUCUGCUGUGGUGGAUAACUAUCUCUAUGUGGUCGGGGGUCACUCGGGCUCGUCAUAUCUGAGUGCGGUGCAGCGGUACGAUCCGAUCACGGACAGCUGGCACGACUCCAGCGGGAUGAUGUACUGCCGCUGUAACUUCGGCCUGACCGCGCUUUGACCCUGGCCACACGGCUGACCGUCAGAGACGUUUUGUUUCUGGAGUGUGUUUCCCGCUCCUCCGGCCGGCGCUGGACGCGGAGAGAUUACAGACACAGCGCUGAAGCACAGCUCAGACCAACACCAGAGCCUUCCACAGACCCUCGGAGGACGCGGAGCGCCCUGCUCUUCCCCUUUACAUUUCAAGACUACUGAUGAGGGAUGCACAUGCGGAGAGUGUGUGUGUGUGUGAGUGUGUGUGUGAUGCAUGAGCUGAAUCGGCGCUUCGCUCUGGAGGACAAGCGUGGGACUCGUGAUAAGGGCUGCCUUCUGUCCUCUACAUACAGCUGUGUGUGUGUGUGUGUGUGUGUGUGUGUGUGUCAAAGCCACUGCACUGAUCGUCUGACCGUGUGUGUUUGUGUCUGAUCCAUACGCUCAUCUUCUGUCCUUUCUGCUGGAAAUGAGUGAAUCUCACCAGAAUUCAUGCAGCUCAUGUUUCACCACAGUAAUAUUUUGUUGAAAAACACAUUCUUUCGGCUCAAAGCCGUAACAAAUGGAAGGAAGACAUAGUACGGAACAGAAAUAUUUAUUAACAUAAGAAAGGAAAAAUAUAUAAAACAACGAAAAAUAACUACAAUUUCUGUCUGACACAUGAUGUUGUAGUGUCAGAAAGAACAAGUCUCACAACUCAUCCCAAAUAAACGACUCGAAACCAAAAGCAAACACCAAACAAGCAAGAACCACAUCAACUAAACCAAAGCUUUUAUAGAGGACGAACAGGUGGACAUCGUUCUCCUAGCCACACGUCACAGCUCAAAGAUAAACUUUUUUAUUUUAUUUUUUAUUUUUUUGCAAGGUCAAA